UCCCCCCCCCACUUUUUUAGACCCAAGGAUUAGCUUGGAAGACGGAGGAUGCGAUACCCACCCUCCCCGCUCGGAAUCGCGAGCCCCCGGAAUUCGUAACAGGCGUUUCCCUCCCCAGGUUUUUCAAAGAAGAUGAAUUUGGCUGAGAUUUGUGAUAAUGCUAAAAAAGGAAGAGAAUAUGCACUACUUGGAAAUUAUGAUUCUUCCAUGGUUUAUUACCAAGGUGUCAUCCAGCAAAUUCAACGGCAUUGUCAAUCGAUCAGAGACCCAACAUUAAAGGGCAAAUGGCAGCAGGUUCGGCAAGAAUUAUUAGAAGAAUUUGAACAAGUAAAGAGCAUUGUCAACACCUUAGAGAGUUUUAAAAUAGACAAGCCUACAGAUAUCCCUGUAUCUUAUCAAGAUGAACAUUUUAGAGAUCCAAUUGUGUGGCCACCUCCUGUUCCAGCUGAGCACAGAGUCCCACCUCAGAUAAAACGACCCAAUCGAGAAGUGAAACCUCUGCGGAGAGAAUUGCCAGGAUUACAACGGGGACCUGUGGGCAGAGCUCAACCAAUAUCAAAAAAUGAAAAACCUGCUAGUAGUCGAGAGAGGGAAUCUAAAGGAAAAGGGAAGGAUGAAAAGGGAAAGAAGAUCCCCCAGGAUGGUGGUGGUGACAGUGAAAUUCAGAAAUUUGAUGGAACAGGAUAUGAUAAAGAUCUGGUUGAAGCUCUUGAGAGAGAUAUUGUGUCAAGAAAUCUGAGUAUUCAUUGGGAUGAUAUCGCAGAUUUAGAAGAAGCCAAAAAAUUAUUAAGAGAAGCAGUUGUUCUUCCACUGUGGAUGCCAGAUUUUUUCAAAGGAAUCAGAAGACCUUGGAAAGGAGUGCUUAUGGUUGGCCCUCCUGGGACUGGUAAAACCAUGCUAGCAAAAGCCGUCGCUACAGAAUGUGGAACUACAUUUUUCAAUGUGUCUUCCUCCACUCUCACAUCAAAAUAUCGAGGCGAGUCUGAAAAAUUAGUUCGUUUGCUGUUUGAAAUGGCCAAGUUUUAUGCACCUACGACCAUUUUCAUUGAUGAAAUAGACUCUAUCUGUAGUCGCAGAGGCACUGUGGAUGAACACGAGGCAAGCCGCCGAGUCAAGUCGGAGCUGCUGGUUCAGAUGGAUGGUGUAGGCGGAGCUCUGGAGAAUGACGACCCUUCAAGAAUGGUGAUGGUGCUUGCUGCUACAAAUUUUCCCUGGGAUAUUGAUGAAGCUUUGAGAAGGAGACUGGAAAAAAGAAUUUAUAUACCUUUGCCAACAGCAAAAGGUAGAGUGGAACUGCUUAAGAUUAAUCUCCGGGAAGUUGAACUGGAUCCUGACAUUAGUAUGGAAGAAAUUGCUGAGAAGAUUGAAGGCUACUCUGGUGCUGAUAUCACUAAUGUCUGCAGGGAUGCCUCAUUGAUGGCGAUGAGGCGACGCAUUAAUGGCUUGUCUCCAGAAGAGAUCCGGGCCCUCUCUAAAGAAGAGCUUCAGAUGCCCGUCACCAAGGGGGACUUUGACUUGGCUCUGAAGAAAAUCUCCAAAUCAGUUUCAGCCGCAGAUCUGGAGAAGUAUGAGAAGUGGAUGUCAGAGUUUGGCUCUGCUUAACCCUGGAGACAUCUCUUUAUGAAGGAUUUUAGAUUUUUAAUUAUAAAAUGUUGGAAGGAUUUUGAAACCUUUUAGGCUUGUGGUUUUCUUAUGGACAAUAUUCCCCUCCCCCCCUUUUUUGCACUUUUAGGGGAACAAAUGAAAAUGUAAUGUAAUGAGGUCAUAGUAUUCCAUAGAAGAAGGUUGAAACUGAGAAAUCCUUGUCUAGUUUUGGUGUUCUGCACUUUAACAAUGAAUGCCUGUGCCCUAUUUUUUGUUGACAUAGUUUCAUCUGCUAAUCAGACAUGAGACCGGAUAGGAAGAAAUUAAAAUGAGUAAUACUGCAUCCUUAAUAUUAGGCUCUAUUUGUCAGAUUAACAUCAGAUCUGGACUGCCUUGAAUGUGGGUGAAAGGUUUUUAUUUUGUCUUUCCUCCUUUAUGCAAAGAUUAUCAGUAUAAUCUACACCAAAAAUAUUGGGGAUCAUUCUAUGCUGCAUUCAGGUUGCUAUGGCUACAAUGAUAUUUGCUAGAAUUCAGUAAUAAAGCAAAACUAUUUUAGUUUCCCCUAUCUGCUGUCCUCUUGAUAUAGCAGAACUACAGCUCCCAUAAUUUCCAGAAACCUUUGGGAAGGCUGGGAAUUCUAGUAAUUGCAUUCCAAACGCACUGGGGGGAUACUCAGUUCAGGAAAAGUUAAGUUAUAAGGGAAAGGAGAUAUAUCUCUCCAAAGAGAGCUCUUGACAUCAUACCCAUCAUUUGUGGAAAUUUAAAAAGCAAUGUUGAUCUGUGCAUGUUUACUGUAGCCAGCAGCAGAUUAAAUGCAAUCAGCGCACUUGCUGCAUCAAAAUUGGAAGCUUUGGGAUUUGACAACUUGCUUUAUACUUUUGUUAUUUGAAAUUUCAGAACCACUGUUGCUCUUGUUUCUGCUUUACACUGAUAUAUAACUAUCACAAUUUCUGCGUACCACUGUGAACGAGGAAAAUGUUAAUUCUUCAACUAUCUUAGUCAUUCUAAGACUGUAUUGUAUGUAUUCCAAUGGGUACUGAUCUAACUUAACAUUAAUUUAUAUUUUAUGAACACUAAUUGUGUGUUUACAAUAUAGGAUAUUGAAGUGGAACACAGUGACACUUCAAACUUGAAUUGUUGUUCUUGAAAUCUAGAACUACUCUGUUCCUUUUCCUUUUUUAGAAUUUUUUUUUAAUAUUUAUCAUUGGUUUUAUAUAACAUUAUGCUGUUCUCAGAUGUAGCAAUGUACAUUCAUGCUUAAAGAUUUUGUUUUUAAAGGUGUACAUGGGAAGUGUUACAAAACAGUGUCAUCAUUUGUGAGGUCUACAGUAUGUAGAUAUGAAGUAUAGUUGAGAUCUUGAAGUGAUCCUCUGAAUGAGUAGAUCUGGUUUAUUUAUUUAUUUAUUGUUGAAGAAAGAUGUGUGAUAAAUGAUCCUGGCAGAUUCUGAUUUUGAAUGUGGCUCUAGAAAAGUUAACAUGGAUUGGAUUUCCAAAUCAAACUAUCUACAUCUAUCACAUCCUGUUGGUUUCAGAUGUUAUGAAAAUCCAAGCUUAAGGUUUUGUUGUCAAAACAUUAUUUAGGUAAUCUGUUCUGACUCUCUAGGUAUUUUUUCACUUAGAGGUAAAGCACUCCAAAGCUGCCCUUUUUUUUCAUCAUUAUUGAUGCCAGCAACAAAAUGGAAAUAGAUCCCUGGCAGCCUUUCUGCCCCUCCCUAGCAUAUAUUAAGAAUUAGCUGACAUCUCUUCUUUAUCGAUGUACUUUAGGUUCAGCUAUCACCCUUAGCCUUUAUUUGCUUUACAAUGAUGCCAUGUGUCAUUGCUUAUACAUUGUGAUUACCAACAUUUUGGCAGAAUCUUUGGCCAUGUCUACAGUUAUAGAUCAGUAUUAAUCAUUUUAUUUGUACAAUGCUAUUCAACCCAGGAAAGAAAUAAUAAAAUAGCUGAGACAAAUUUGGUUUGACUCAGUAGGUAAAAGUGCUCCAGUGGCAAAGACCUGUUACACUUCAUAUGUCAUUAUGCAGGUUGUGUUGACAAGAUAUGGCACCAAUUUACAAUUUAUCUAAUAUUAAAUGUAAGUAAUCUAGAACGUUGUUGGUGUUUGAUUCCUUCUGCCAGUAGAAGCAAGUAAACAAAUCAGAAUGUCGUGUAUCUACACGAGAACUGAGAAUUGUUAUCUUCUCUCUCCCUUAAAAUCCAUAAACAUAAUCCAGACAUUUUCUAACGUAUUUCUUUGGCUUGUUAGAAGAAAGAACCUAAUCAGUGCUAAACAAACAUAAUACUAAGCCACCCAAGAGGGAUUUCUUGUUUUGUUUAGCCAUGCCCACUUGAGGAGGAGUCAAGUAGGAAUAAUCAAGCAGCAUAAGCAUUUACAGGAUGAAUCAGUUCAAGCCAGAUUCCCCCCCCCCCCAAUUUAAAUGCAGUUGAAGUCAUCUGGUAUCAAGACUGUGAAUGGUGCAUUGUGUUCAUUUCCAACAAAAGACAGUUUUUUUUACCUUGAACAGAAGAAGUCGUAAUAAAUGUCCUAAUGAUGACUCA